AUGGCAGCCAAAAUGGCCGACAAUGCUACUACCUCUCCACGGGCCUCCCCUCAGGAAGAGUGGGAAUCCGAUCAAGCGGAAUCGGAACCGGAGACCACUAUAUCUUACUCGGAAGAAUUCAGUAGUGGCCCAAUUGUGCUCGGAGGGGACUAUAACAAAGUGUGCUGUUUCUUCCUGGACCCGACCUCGUGUGAAGCUUCGCCCACUCACUUCCUGCUGCUGAUUUCUACGAUCCUGGACUCUCCAGCCCUGCUUCUGACCCCUUCUUCUCCUAGAAACGAUCAUCUGCUGUUUUGGAGGAAACAUCAUUCUCUUUUUCAUGCAAGAAGAAUCCCCUCUCAUAUUUUUGUUAUCUGGAUUUUUAAUAUUUCUCUUUGCAGCCCAUCCUCACCCCUCCCCUCCAUGGUCCAGGUGGAAAUGUUGAGUCAGGGGAGAGAGAGCUGGAUUGGAGCAAGUCUUUCAUAUUUGGCAACCCUUCUGCUAGUCUGCUCUGCACAAAGGUAUCUCAGAAAACACAUCAUGGCAAGAGGGCAAGAAGAUGUCUCAUUACUGUCCCUUGUUGCAUUAGGAAUUCUGCUGCGCAUGUGCCUGCUGCCUGCUGGGAGAGGACUUUCUGCAAAACAUGCCCCAGAGGUUGUGGACGACAGCAGAGACAAUAUAACCAUAUUUACAAGGAUCCUAGACAGACUGCUGGAUGGAUAUGAUAACCGGCUAAGGCCUGGUCUAGGAGAUUCUGUGACCGAAGUGAAAACAGAUAUUUAUGUCACCAGCUUUGGUCCUGUGUCAGACACAGAUAUGGAAUAUACAAUUGAUGUCUUCUUCCGACAGAGUUGGUUGGAUGAGAGACUGAAAUUUGAUGGUCCAAUAAGGACACUACCAUUGAAUAAUCUACUGGCCAGCAAAAUCUGGACUCCAGAUACCUUUUUCCAUAAUGGGAAAAAAUCAGUUGCUCAUAACAUGACCACACCUAACAAAUUACUGCGACUUAUUGACAAUGGGACUCUGCUCUAUACGAUGAGGCUUACAAUACAUGCAGAGUGUACAAUGCACCUUGAGGACUUCCCUAUGGAUGUUCACGCCUGUCCCCUGAAAUUUGGAAGCUAUGCGUACCCAAAAACAGAGGUUGUCUAUUCCUGGACCAAUGGCUCUAACAAAUCUGUGGCUGUGGCACCCGAUGGCUCUCGGCUCAAUCAAUAUGACCUCUUGGGUGUUGCAGUAGGAACUGAAACAAUUCGCUCCAGCACAGGUGAAUAUAUUGUUAUGACAACUCACUUCCACCUGAAGCGUAAGAUUGGUUAUUUUGUCAUCCAGACCUACUUGCCAUGCAUUAUGACUGUCAUUCUGUCUCAAGUCUCUUUUUGGUUAAACCGGGAAUCUGUUCCAGCGAGGACUGUCUUUGGAGUAACGACUGUGCUGACAAUGACGACCCUGAGUAUCAGUGCCAGAAAUUCCCUUCCCAAAGUUGCAUAUGCCACAGCAAUGGACUGGUUUAUGGCAGUGUGCUAUGCCUUUGUGUUCUCUGCACUCAUUGAGUUUGCCACUGUCAAUUAUUUCACCAAAAGAGGCUGGGCCUGGGAUGGCAAAAGAGGACAGGAAGGGCAAGAUUUCAAGAGGAAGGAGCCAAUAAUCCUUGCCAAGAAGUCUAAUACAACGUACAAUAUAGUGGGGACAACGUACACCCUGAAUAUCAAGGAACCCGCACUUGCUACAAUCUCCAAAAACGCAGGCCUCCAACAACCUCCUGCCCCACUCUCCCCGCGUCUGCUGGAGCACAAACCAAUGGAGUGCAAGAAGACCUACAACAGCGUCAGCCGCAUCGACAAGAUAUCUCGUAUUGUCUUCCCCGUCUUGUUUGCAAUCUUUAAUCUGGUGUAUUGGGCGACCUAUGUCAACCGUGAAUCUGCCAUCAAAGGCAUAAUCCCAAAAUAAAUAUGCCUUCUCCCCUCA